AUGUACAUACAAGGAACGAAGUCUCGCGCGACCCUACCUGGAUUCACCCGUUUUCGAGUGGGCGGGCUCCCAUUCCAUCCCUUGAACGUCAUGACAUCAUCGGCUCAACCUUCCCCUCAUCUUCUCCGCAUUCCCCCUCAUCCGCCCCAUGCGACCGUCAUCGGCGCGCUCUUUGCUGGGCGCGCGGCGGGGCGGGCGCUUCUGGGGGCGGCGUGGGUGGCGGGAUGGGUGGGGCUGUGCGCGUGGGUGGUGUGGUUUGCGCACAAGCAGGCGGACGAUCCGCGGCAGGAGGCGAUCGGCGUGUGGUGCCGCACGCGCGUGCGCUACCUCCACCAGGACAUCCGCUCCGCCAUUGCGCGCGCCGAGGUACUGCGCUCUCGGAGGUGCGCGCGCCGAGGUACUGCGCGCGCAGUGCUUCCGCCGUACCUUAAAAUUCGCGACGGUGCUUCCGCCCAUCCCCAUUCGUACGCGCGCAGGUGUUUCCGCCCUACCCUUUCUUCCGCCCCACCCUUCCCUUCCGCCCUACCCUUACCUUCCGCCCUACCCCUCGUCCCCUUCGUCCCCGCUGCACUGAACCCUCUUCCCGCUGCAGAGGCGGACGGGGAAAUAACAAGGGAGCCAUGUAAACUGCCUGCCCUGCCCUGCCCCGCCCUGCCCUGCCCCGCCCCGCCCUGCCCUGCCCUGCCCUGCCCCGCCCUGCCCCGCCCUGCCCCGCCCUGCCCCGCCCUGCCCUGCCCUGCCCUGCCCCGCCCUGCCCCGCCCUGCCCCGCCCUGCCCUGCCCUGCCCUGCCUCGCCCUGCCCUGCCCCGCCCCGCCCUGCCCUGCCCCGCCCUGCCAGGAGUCGACUGGGCUGAUGCGGGUGCUGGGGUCGUUUGGGCCGCGCAGCAGCAGCAACCUGAGCUACUGGGGGCUGGCGGGGAGUCGACUGGGCUGAUGCGGGUGCUGGGGUCGUUUGGCCCUCGCAGGAGCAGCAACCUGAGCUACUGGGGGCUGGCGGGGUGCGUGAACAACGUGAAUCUAUUGGAGUACACGAUGUGGGCCGACCGCAUCGCCAACUACAGCAGCGGCAGCGCCUUUCUGCUGCUCUACGGUGACCAGGACAGAGCUACAGUGGAGAAAAUCACAGGUUAUCAGGUGCGCUCUGUACUGGGGCUGCCAGCGCCACACAAGGACCUGUACGACGUGAACAUCGUCGGCAACACGGAAGAGAACAUUCCGCCGCUGACAGACAUCUCUCCCCUCAUUCCGCCUGACACUCUCGCUGGCCUGCUCGCUGGCAAGCCCAGUGCUGGGCCCCCGCUGUUCGUCGCUCCUGGUCACGUGUCUAGUGUUUUCGUCAUUACCAUUCUGCGCCAGCCCGUGCCAGCCAGUGCAUCAGCGCAGGAGACAAGGGAGAGCAUCAGCACGCUGUGGGGCGCUGUGGUGCAGCUGGAGUGGCGGGCGCGGAACAUACUCGAGAUGCUACAGGAUGAUGGAGAAGCCACUCCCACCUACUCCUUUGCGCUCUACGACAGCACACAACCGGGCGAGCUGGUGCAGAUCUACGGUCCAGAUGCGCCGAUCUUGGAGAAAGGCGCCUUCUUCCCGUUCGUGCUGCCCUCGCCGGCCCUGCCUCGCAGCGACCACGUCGAGCCGUUCCCGGAGGGGCUCUUUGGGAGGACCUAUGAGGCGCACUGCAGUUUCGAGGGCGCAUACCCCAAGUGGGACCUGGUCUAUGCACCCAUGCUGCUGGGGCUGCUGGUGCUGCUGGUGGCGCUGCUGCUGUCAACCAUGAUUGCCAUGCUGGCGUUGAAGCGAAGGCAAAUGGCGGAGGGCGUGAGGGAGAUGGAGGUUUGCACGGCAGCGCUUGAGAAGGCAGAGCGCUCCAAGAGCGAGACCGUGGCGAACCUGUCUCACGAGCUGCGCACGCCAAUCAUCGGCAUGAUAGGGAUGAUAGAGAUGCUGCUGGAGUCGCCACUGGAGGAGUGGCAAGCGGCGGAUCUGAGGGAUGCGGGGGAGUGUGCGCGGGAGACGGUGGACCUCAUCAACCGCGUGCUCGACCUCGCCAAGCUGCAGGCCGGCCGCUUGCAGCUCGAGGCUCUCCCGCUCUGCCUGCCCCGCGUGGCUCAGCAUGCUGUCUCCCUCGCUGCUCAAGACCCUUGCGCCAGGGGGUUGCAAGCGAGCAACACUCUAGCGGGCGACAUCACCUUCCAUGUGUGGUGUGCCGCCCCUCCUCUCCAGCAAGGCCCUCAUGCAACCUCUUCUCGUCCCACCACCCCUUGCCUCACCACCUCUCGACCCACCACCCCUCCUCCAACCACCUCUCGACCCACCACCCCUCCUCCAACCACCUCUCGACCCACCACCCCUCCUCCAACCACCUCUCGUCCCACCACCCCUCCUCCAACCACCUCUCGUCCCACCACCCCUCCUCCAACCACCUCUCGUCCCACCACCCCUCCUCCAACCACCUCUCGUCCCACCACCCCUCAAUUGUCCUCCCCUCGUCCUGCCACCCCUCAUUCCCAAUGCUGCAGCACACCGCUUUCAUCCCUUCCUCCUAAACCCACCUCGUGCCAACCUCCCCCCGCCCUCAAAUCAUCUCAAGCCCCUCAAAACUCUCGCACCCAUCUCACCCCACCAACCUCACCAGCACCUCAAUCCCCUCACACCCCUCAAUCCCCUAAGACCCCUCCAUUAUUUCCAGCCCCUGCCGCCCCUCAAUCCCCUCGCUCCCUUCUAGCCUAUCGCACCCCCCCAUUGUCUCCAGCCUCUGCGCCCCUGCUCGCCCCCACAGCCUGGCAACAGCUGGUAGCGUGUGUGCAACGCUUUCCCCCAGACACCCGCCUGGUGUGCACCCCUCAGCACCUCACUGCACCCCUGGAAAGUCGCUCCACACGAGCGGAGAGUCAGGGUGAAAGGCUGCUGGCAGGGCUGGGAGGGGCGGGAGGGAUGGGAAGGCUGGGAGGGCUGGGAAGGUUGGACCUGCUGGGAGGGUUGGGAGGAGGGAGAAGUGGGGGGGCAACAUGUGUGGGUGAGCGGCAAAAUGCAGGUGUGGAGAAUGGUAGAGAUGGGCCGGUGGAGAGUGGUAGGGAAGGGCGGCUAGAGAGGGAGGUGGUGGCGUGGGUGGAGGGGGCGUGCAGGGCAAGAGGGGAGGGCGAGUGGAUGGUGGUGAUGGCUUGUGAGGAUACGGGCGGUGGUAUACCACCCGAGGAGAUGCGGUGGGUGCUGGAUCCGUAUGGUGGCGACCCUCACCACUCCACGUGCUCCUCUGCUGCUGCUGCUGAUAAUGGCGUUGAGGGUGGGGGUGGUGGGCGUGGGGACAGCAAGAAGCAACGAAGAGUUGCGGUGAGUGAAGCGGGAGAUGAGUGCGUGCGAGUGUGCUUGUGUGCAUGUGACUGCAUUGGAGGGUUCCUCGCCUUCUCCCCUUACCUUCAUUUCCAUCUCCCUCCCUGCCUCGCCCAUAUUCCUUCUUCACCCUCCUCAUGCCUUAUCUCUGUCUCUCUCGCACUCUCUGCAUGCUUGUUCUGCUAUGCCCACAGCAGCCAAGGAGGGGCAGCAGAGCCACCCCUCUCACUCACGACGAGAGGGCUGCUGCUCGCCCUGCCUGGACGCCCUACCCUGUCCGCUUCCUCCUCUCCACCUCCCUCGUGA